GGUGGAGUGUGCAUGCGGUUUGCCUGUGACGCAGCUUGAUGGACGUGUCCGUGUCCGACGGUGCCCAGCUUGGAAUAGGGUUGCGCUGCAGUCACUCGGGCGGAGUCGUCCUGUACAUCGGAUGCACGAGCUUUCUAAAUGUAUACUUUUAUCUUACUUUUCAACGAUCGGGUACAUUGGAUUUAAUACCCUGACUUUACAACGAGGAACGAAAACUUGUUUUGUUCCAGUUUUGCCUUGCAUACAGUCGGUUCCUCUCUUGGGCGAACAACUCGUGGAUCAUACACUUACCACAGCCUUUACGGGAAGGAAGGAAGAUUUUCUCGGGUUAGCUUUUGACUGGGCCCCUAUCACGUUAGAGGAACAAAUGCAACAGACUGCUUCAGGCCUUUAACAAAUGGGAUCACUCCGUCUCCAGCACCGCCAGGGUGCCAUGGAACACUGGCCUAUUAACAUGACCUGAAGAAUUCCCACCGAUCAUACACAAAACACCACCAAGAAUGACUAAAGUCACUCAACAACUUUGUUGAGUUACAAAUAAUAGUUACAAAUCACUGUGUGGUGUGCAUUUGAGAUUUAUUUCUCCUCCAUUUGAAAAUAUUUACUUCAACGAUCCUUGUUUGGAAGGAUUUUAUUUUUUUGUAAUUUUUUUUUUUUUUUGAAAGAAAAAAAAGAAGCAUUAUCUGUGAAAACUAGCCAGCAAGCAAUAAUCCCAAGAUGAGCGCCGAAGGAUAUCAGUACCGUGCUCUCUACGAGUACCGGAAGGAGAGGGAGGAGGACAUUAACCUGCAUGUGGGAGACAUCUUGCUGGUCAGCAAAGCGGCGUUGUUGGCGCUGGGCUUCGCCGAGGGCAUGGAGGAGAGGCCGGACGAGAUCGGCUGGCUGCCCGGCAUCAACGAGAACACCCAGGAGAAGGGCGACUUCCCGGGCACCUACGUGGAGUUCCUCGGGAAGAGGAGGAUCUCGCCUCCCACCCCCAAACCCCGGCCCCCUCGCCCUCUACCUGUGGCCCCCGGCGCCACCAAGACCGACGCCGACGGCGAACAAGUCACGACACUGCUGGACUUGACAGAGCAGUUCGCCCCCCCAGAGGUGGCCCCUCCCAUGCUGAUGAGGCUGAUGGAGGCCAUCGAACGGAAAGGUCUGGACAACCCAACGCUGUACCGCACCUUCACUGCAGGAGGGGGCCUCGAGAUCAGGCAGUGCUUCGACAGCGAUCCCCCCACUGCAGAGCUGGAGCAGUUUGAGCUGCCGCUGCUGUGUGACGGCCUGAGGCGCUUCCUGCAGGACAUUCCCCAGCCAGUCAUCCCUGCUGCAGUCUACAGCGAGCUCGCACACGUAGCCCAAGAGGUGGCUGCUCCCGAGGAGUGUGUGUCUCUGGUGCGUCGCGUGCUGCAGUCUCCGGCGGUGCCCCCGCAGCACUGGUUGACCCUGCAGAGCCUGCUGCGCCACCUCGCCCGCGUCUGCCAGGCCUCGGCACGCAACCUGCUCAGCGCCCGCGCCCUGGGGGAGAUCUUCAGCCCCCUGCUCUUCAGGCAGCAGGCCGCCAGCUGUGAGCCCAGCCCUGACUCCCACGUACGCAUCAUCGAGGUCCUGGUCACCAGCGAAUGGGGCGACAGUCAGGCAGCACCAGCGCUACCUCCUAAGCCUCCAAAACCAGCACCUGUGACGAACAACGGUAUGAACAACAACAUGGCACUACAGGACGCCGAGUGGUACUGGGGAGACAUCUCAAGGGAGGAGGUCAAUGAAAAGCUCAGAGACACUCCCGACGGUACGUUUCUUGUCCGAGAUGCUUCCACCAAGAUGCAUGGAGACUACACGCUCACGUUGAGGAAAGGCGGUAACAACAAACUGAUCAAAAUCUUCCACCGCGACGGGAAGUACGGUUUCUCGGACCCCCUGACCUUCAACUCUGUGGUUGAGCUCAUCAACCACUACCGGCACGAAUCCCUCGCCCAGUACAACCCCAAGCUGGAUGUGAAACUACAGUACCCCAUCUCCAAGCACCAGCAGGAUCAGGUGGUGAAGGAGGACAACAUCGAGGCUGUGGGCAAGAAGCUGUACGAGUACCACCAGCAGUACCAGGAGAAGAACCGAGAGUACGACAGACUUUACGAGGAGUACACCAGAACGUCGCAGGAGAUCCAGAUGAAGCGCACGGCCAUCGAGGCGUUCAACGAGACCAUCAAAAUCUUCGAGGAGCAGUGCCAGACGCAGGAGCGCUACAGCAAGGAGUACAUUGAGAAGUUCCGGCGCGAGGGCAACGAGAAGGAGAUCCAGCGCAUCAUGGUGAACUACGAGAAGCUCAAGUCGCGCAUCAGCGAGAUCGUGGACAGCAAGCGGCGGCUGGAGGAGGACCUGAAGAAGCAGGCGGCAGACUACAGAGAGAUCGACAAGCGCAUGAACAGCAUCAAGCCUGACCUCAUCCAGCUGCGCAAGACCAGGGAUCACUACCUUACGUGGCUCACACAGAAGGGCGUCAGGCAGAAGAAGCUCAACGAGUGGCUGGGCAUCAACAACGACAAUGUGGAAGACCAGUACUCGAUGGUGGAUGAUGACGAGGAUCUGCCUCAUCACGACGAGCGCUCGUGGAAGCUGGGCAACAUUGUGCGGACGCAGGCCGAGGCGUUGCUGCGUGGCAAACGCGACGGAACAUUCCUGGUGCGCGAGAGCAGCAAGCCUGGCUGCUACGCCUGCAGCGUCGUUGUGGACGGUGAGGUGAAGCACUGUGUGAUCAACAAGACCCCCACCGGUUAUGGCUUUGCCGAGCCCUACAACCUGUACAACUCCCUAAAGGAGCUGGUCCUGCAUUACCAGCACACCUCCCUGGUGCAGCACAAUGACUCUUUGAAUGUGACGUUAGCGUACCCCGUUUACGCUCAGCAGAGACGAUGAGGCGCAGGAGGACGAGAGAGAGAACAAUGAACGAGACUCUUCCUUCCUUCCUCUCUGCGCUCUUGGGGUUUUUUUUGCGCGGAGCUUAGCCUCACGCACCCACACCUACCCAGCCACCUAGCCUCCAACUCACCUACGCUCCUCCUCCUCCUUCUCCUCUUUCUCCUCUUCCUCCCUCCCUCCCUCGUUGGCCUGGCGCACGGGACUCUGGGAAAGGGUGCAGGCGUUUGGAGAUGGACUAGGAGGAGCUUGGCUUGGAUGGAUAGCAUGGAUGGAGGGAGUGGGGAGGUGAAGGUGGAGAGAUGCCUUUUGUGAGGGGGGACUGCUGGACAGAUGGGGAGAGGAGAGACGUGAGAAGGGGAGGAGGGCUGCUUUGUUGCUUGCCUUUCUUCUUCCUAACCUUUACAAACUCAGAAUGGGAAGACGAGACCAUGAAGAAGGGAACGCGGGGGAAAGAGUGGGAGAAGGAGUGUGUGACUGAGAGAAAGAAAGAGAGAAGUGGAAUCCAAAUACACACAAAUAUAUAAAUAUAUAUCUAUAUAUUACUAUAUCUAAAGAGACAGAUGCGGACGCUUCAGCCUGUGGGACUGGUGACGAAUCUGAAUGUAGUUCCCUUUUUCUUGCACUCUGUUUUUUUUUUUUUUUUUUGUUCCCGGGUGCAGCACCCAGAGAAAACUGUGGAACUCCUCUUUCCUAACUCCUCCCCCUCACCGAUCAUAUCCUCUCCCCUGUCCUCUCCUCUCCUCUCCGCAACCUAAAAUGGAGGACUUUGCUUAGGUCGAUCGGACAGACGCCUUUUUCCAGUCGGUGCUGCUUCUUUGUAAAAGCUUUACCUGCUGGAUUGCCCUGUUGCAGUCAGAUGAGCCCACCACCACAACCACCACCGCUGCUGCUGCUGCUGCUCCUCCUGGUCUGCCACCUUACCUUCUCCACCGGGGUAACCCCAUCUGCCUGCCUGUGAUUGGCAUGGGAGUUCUCUUGCCCUUCUGCCACCUCCUUGCCACCUCGUGAAGCCCCACCACCCCUACUCCCACCCCACCCCACCCCCACACUCUAUUCAGGUCUCUGUGUGGUUGUGUGCGUGCUUGUGAGCGUGCGUGUGUACGAAAAUGUGUGCGAGAGUGAAAGUGGCGUGUACAUUAGUGUCGAUGUGACCAAAACUCACAGUAUCUGAAAGCUAAAUUCAUCGUCGGGGUGCUUAAAACAUUUGUGAUGUUUAAACGAAACCGAAAAAGACUCUAACAAUGGACAGACCAUGGAUCAGCUGAAAUAUGUAGCAAGAUGGCACUUUUUUUUCUCUUUAUUUUUCCUUUGUCCUUUAUUUUUUGUUUCCUUUUUGUUUGUUUUGGUUUUUUUUGGAAAUCAAAAAGAAAGAGCAUAUAUUCUCAGAGAGACUCCUGUAAAGACGUCUGGUCUUGACAGGAGCCUUCGGGGGCGGCCAUGAUUGGCGGCGAGCUCAGCCAAUGGGGUGCAGCGUUUGCUCCUGUGACACGCUCACAGAACUGCCUCUGGGUUCGCCGCUGGCAAAAAGGACUUGUGUAGUGACAGCGGCUCGAGGGAAACGAAUAAGGAUCUUUAUUUCAUUAUGGUGAUGUACAUACAGUGAAAGCAGUGAGCCGUAACGAUGACUUGCCGUAUUGUACCAAAAAAAAGAAAGAAAAGCUCAGUUUUUUUUUUUUUUGUUCUGUUCUGUUUGUCAGUUUAUCCUAAUCUGCUAUGCAAAUCUGUUAUCACCCUCCUCUCAGCAAAGUUUUUAUUUUUCCUGUUGCUACCCGUAAUAUAAGCUUCUUUUUGGCUUGGAAAAAAAUCUAUUUUUUGCCCGUGAAAAAUCGAAAAGCAGAUAUAUUUGUCAAAAUGCCAAGAAAGUCUCAGUUUUCAAACCCGAAAUAAAAUAACACAACAAAGCAGAUUUACGUUGAUCAUUCAUAGGUGUGUGUGAGAAGACUUGCACAGAUGGAGAAAAAGAUAAGCAUUUUUGUUUGUUAGCCUUUUUUUUACUUUGAACUACUGGCCUCCUGGGGGUCUCCUGCUCCUCAGCGAAAACUGUUCAACCAAAUUGAUAACAUUUGGUUUUUUCAUAGUAGACUUCUUUUGUUUUCCAAAAAAUAAGAAAGAUGACUAUGUACACUGUCAAGGCCUGCAUAGCAAACCUCAUGAUUAGUUUGAUAUUCCCAACAUGUUCCUCACCUAAUUGUUUUUUUGUUCUCCUUCCGAGAGUUUUAUUUUGUGAUAAAAGUUUAAUUUUCCACUUGUGAGGGAAGCGAAGCUGAUGAUGAUAAAAUAAAUAAAAGUUAGUUUUGUGGAGUGGCAGAAAGCUUGGCGGCGGCAUGCUCAGUUUGGAAACGGGGAAGAAAAAAAAGGUGUCCUUCUCAUUCCUUCCUUGGUCCACACAGUAUUUUUUCUGUAUCAGAAAAUUCUUAAUGAGUGUUUACGCGGGUGUGAACGGGCUCAUUUGGACUAGCGCUGAAUGCUUGUGACCAUGCAUCCGUUUUCUUCUUGAAUAUUGUUUCUGCCACCGAAAGAGAGAAAAGAAAAGUAGAAAAAAAAACGAAUAAACUGUACCAAAUUAGACACAGCUGCCAACUUGAUAGCGCACAUCUUUCUUUUUUUCUACAUUUUUUCCCCUCUCUCAUCUAUAAACAGUAUUUGAAGCUUGAUGACUGAUUUUUGUUUUGUUUUUCUAAGUCUGUUUUAGACCGGGUCAUGUUCUCGGUGCUAAUGUUCAGUACACAGUUUAUAUGCAGCUCAUAACCUGCAGUAUGAAUAUGGCUUGUGUUGUAGGCUACUUUGCAUCACUGAAUAAUAUCAGUAUGAAACUUCUGAAUCGUUAAGGGAGUGUUUUUGGUUUUGUUCCAAUACGUUCUUUCGAUCACCAUCCAUUGUUACUAUCUGCAAAAAUCCUUUUCUUUUUCUUUCCUUUUCUGGCUAACCAUUGAUAAGUACGCUGUUCUCUUGUGUAAGAUUACACCUCCUCUGUUCCAACUAGGCCUGAUUGCCUUAAAACAUAUUUAGAUGACUUUAUUUUUUACAAAAGGGUCAGUCCUUGUCCGCACAUGUUGCGACUUAACCCCUCCCCCCCAUGUCGUUAUCUCUACUAGAGACAAUUGCUCAAAGAUGUAUGAGUUGAACACCUGAUUUGUAAACAUGGAAUAAUUUUGUUUCUCUUUGUAAUCAGUGUAAUUCUGCCCUUUUGCUUUCAAAAAAGAAAUCCCAAGAAAUUGUUUUAGGUGGAUGUAGCAAACAUUUUUUUGUAAAAUGUUAGCACUAGAGGUUGUCAAGUUCAGGUAAUCAUAUUUUCUCCUGCCUUAGCUGGCGAAGAGACUUUUGAGUCAUCAGUUGUCAUUGCCAACAGCACUGCGUAACUGAGCAAGUGCCACAGGCUAGCCAUGCCAUCUUUACCGCUAGUCCUGCAUUGGAAGUUAAAACCCCACGAGACAUUUGUUAAACGUGUGGGCGUUUAUUUACUGCAGUGACGCUGGAGAGUUGAAACGUCCAAUAGUCAUAACUGACGAGGAACAGUUGGGCUCCAAGCCUUCCAGAAAUUAAAUGAGCUUAAAUGAAAGGCACCUCUCUACCUGUUUUAUUGAAAUGGGCAACUUCUCACUCACAGACAACUUUCAAAGAAAAACUAAGCACUGUUAAAAAGAUUUUUUUUAAAGAUCCACUUGUCAUAUCUACAGUGAUUUUCUUUUGAUAUUUCCCUUUAACAUUUGAUAUGUCAUUGUAGUUUUUGUCCAAGCCCACUGAGGCUUCGGAAGUAUUUGUUCACAUAGUUUAAAGUGUUGUUAGAUUGGCCCUUACUGCGGAGAAAAUGCGACACCAUGUUUUUAUUUGAAUCUGUUUUCUUCCACCCCUCUUUUUUUUCUUUUUGUUUCCCCUUCAAUGCUUUAUGACUUUGGUUUACGGUAAACAUGAGAUGAUUGUGUCAGAAAUAUUGAGAUUAAAGAUUUACCGAUGUGUCCCAGUUUUAAAAACAGCUUAAAACCUGUAUGGGCUUUGUGAAAAAAUAAA